AUGAGAGGGCAGAGCCAGUCUCCCUGGAUCCCGAGGUCCACAGGGACUUUUGACCCGCAUGAGAACACGAGUCUGCCCCGGCCUGUCGGGACCCAGCGACCCGCCUCUCCUCGCGCUCCAGCGCAGACUCCGCCCCUUCGCACGUUCCGGCGCCUUCGCCAAGGGUGGCUGCGCAUGCGCCUGCGGCGUGUCGAGGGGCGGGGCCUCUGCCGUUCACGUGACGCCUCCCGGGCCGAGGUCACGUGCCGCAUCAUGGCUGCGCCCGGGCGCCCCUUCCCGAUGCUGCUGCUGCUCCUCCUGCCCUUGCCGGGCUUCUGCCUGGCGGCGGCCGGAGGCAGCGAUGACGCGAGGCUGCCGGCGGUGUGCGGCGGAGGCUGCUGCCCGGGGUCCGCGCGGAAGGGCUCCGCGGUGGCCGCGCAGUGCGCCUCCCGGCCGGGCGCUCGGCUGCGGGGCCGCUGCUGCUGCUCGGGAGGCGAGGCCGCCGCGGUGGUGGUGGGGCUGGAUCUGGGGAACUGCUCGCUGCAGCACCUGUGUUCCAGCUUCCAGGAGGCCAGCACGGCUUUGCUCAUCGACCUGACCGACAACCCUCUGGAGCCUCUCCCUGAAGACGCCUUCCGGGGCUUCACCCACCUGCAGACCCUAGCUCUGCCCCUGAUGCUGGACUGCCCAGGAGGCAACGAGGGCUGGCACAACGUCACCAUCCAAGGAAGCAGCCGGAUCUGCCAGGGCCAGAGGAACCCCUGCAACGGCUCAGGGGGGCUCGGCCACCUGUGCCCAAAGGACUCCUCGUGUUCCCACGACGGGCCCGGCUUGCCCCAGUGUCUCUGCAGCAGCCCCCACUACGGCUACAAGUGCCUGCGCCAGGGCACCUUCCCCUACCUGCUGUUCUUUGGGACCUUGGGAGCCGUCACCAUCGCCCUCUCCCUCCUUCUGUGGGUCACCCAGAGGCGGAAGGCAAAGGUCUCCUAGAGGCUCUCUUCUCUCUCCUCCUGGCCUGAGGCUGGACAGAAACCCUUUGGCUUGGGCCACAAGUUUGUAAUAAAGUCUGGAACCGGAACAUGGAGAGGAACAGUCCUUGUGGCGGAACCGAACCCCCCAGGGGUUCUCAGGGGUCUCUGCCUGGGGGCUGCUGGCCAGAGGGUCCCAGAGGAAGAGGCGCCCUGGGCUCCCCCCUUCUCCGCCAAGGCCGCUCUGAUAUCUUGGGAUUCUCACAAGGGGCAGAACCUGCAUCUCACAAGCCUCGCUGCAGUUGCUGCCCUCCGGACCCCCAAACGGCCUGAAGGACGGGGUCCCCGACGCAGCCACAGUCAGAGGGAUGGUGGUUGCCCCCCUUGUUUUGCAGGUGCGUGGAACUCUCUCCCAGAAAACCCACCGUGCGCUAUUUCCCUAGAAAGGUUUGUCCGUUGCCCCCCAGGAAGAGUCAGGCUGGAGCCAGGGCACCUGUGUGUUGACGUCCUCACCCGCAAUUGCCAAAAUGAAGGAACGUCACACUUUCGCUUCUGUGUGUGGACGGCGAGUUGGAAAUGCAGAGGCAGCAGCCCCUGUGAGCUGCUCACGGCCACCUCAGGUUCAUUCUAGGCAUUUAAGCAGGAUUGCCCAAAGGUUGCAUAAGAACUUGUUUUUAUUUUGAAAUAUUUUUUGUUUUUAUCAAUACAAAUUUACAAUCCAACUAUUAUAUAAUCGUCUCUUGAGAUUCUCUGAAUUGUUUGACUUCACCCCGUCCCCAUCAUGGUUCCUUAUUAAAAUGUUAAUUCUUCUCCUUCUUUCGCGAUCCCUCGUAGCCGAGUAAAAUUGUCUUCCAUAAACACAGUUUAACAAUGAGUCUGUAAGUGACUGUGGAGGCCAAUUCUGGACCCACAUGUCCUUCCGCAGUGGGGACAGAGGUUUCUGGGCGGGAGUUGAUCCCGGUGAGGGUUUGCCAAGUGUGCCUCCCUCUUAGCACGUUUCCCCAUUGCGUCCUGAGUUCGAGUGUCUUCAAAACCCAGGACACCUUUGGUAAAGGCUGUUCUCCAGUUGGAGCGCUUCUGUUCUCCAAAUUUCAAUUUUCAAAUCAUCCAUACUUUUGUUACAUUACAAGUGAGUCUCAGAGUCCAGCUAAAGUUUUGAUUAUAAUGGUCUCCUAAAUAAAUUAUGAAUUUCCUCCAUUAUUUUUAUUAAAUCUUAUCCUCUCGA